AUGUCCGACAUCGCAAAGACCACGCUGCUGCAUCAGAUCAGUACACUCGAGAAAGAGCGCAAGGUCCUCCGGGACACCUUUGGUUUGCUGGAUCCAGACGGAGGAGUGGAAGCAGCGGUUGUCAAGAUUGACAGGUCUGGUUUCCCCCUGAUCAUGGACCUCUGGAAACAGGCUGGCAAAUCCGAGCGCAAGUACCCCAAGAUGUUGCUGGCUGAAGACCAAGUCCGCGAAGACCAAAUCAAGGCUCUCAAAGAAGCCCUUCAGAUCCUCAAUCCCACAACCGAUCAGCAGAUCCACCUUAGCCGAAUCGCUAAAGACGAGAAGGUAGAACUUGCAAAGAUCGCCAAGGACGAAAGGCUCCUGUUGACAGAAUUGGCAAAGUGGGAGAAGGUUCGGCUGAUCGAAAUUGCAAGGGAUAGAGAAAUUCGACUGGCAGAGUUCACAAAGCAAGAGAAAGUGCGAUUUGAAGAAUUGAGGGUUCGGGAGGUGGAACUGAAGGAGGACACGAAGAAGGAGGUGAUGAUGAAUGGCGCAGAGCUGAAGUUCGCAGCUAAGAAGGUCGAGGCUAGCAUGAGGAGAGAGGCCCAAAUGGUCAACGCGACCGAGCGCAGGGCGAUGGCGGUGUUGAACCACGUGCAACAAAUGGUCGCAGAGACAGCAACAGCAGCGAGGACUCGAGAGGGAGCCACGGUUGUGGAGAAACAAGCAUACACCCUUGCGAGCAUGCCUCUGGACAAGAGGAUUCAAGGCGAUAUAGACAACACGGUCGCUUUGGUGGAGCACAUGAUGACUGCACUGGAUUCAGAGUCUUCAUCGCCAGGAAAUGGAUUGCCUGAGGAUGCGCCGGAGCAAGAUGAUGAGCCCGAGGGAUCUGAGGCCAGGAAAUUGCGUUUCGGGAAUCUCUUGGAGGCGGCGAAACAGUUUAAAGGCGUCGAAGAUCCUGCAUUCCAGGAGUGGGUUAAGCAGCAAGAUCUAGACCCCGAUACAUUUUAG